AUGCUGAAGCAUUUUCAAGAACCGGGCAAAGGCGGACCGGGCACCAUAUGGUCCCCGGAGAUGCUGAGAAAGCUGGUUGAGCUAAUCGACAGCCACAAAGAUCCCGACCGAACUAUCAAAGACCUCACUCGCAUCUAUCUUGAAUGGCUGGAAAUGCUGAAAGACAUUCCCGAGGAUAAAUGUAACAACUUGGAGGUAAAACAGUUCAAGCGUAAAUUUGAGAAGUGGCCAAUGCUAUCAGGAACUUGGCACGACUUUCUGAAGUAUGGGAAAGACGCGCAGGUCAACUGGGCCAAGCUGCCCCCAGGCACACUUCCAGACGAGGAGUUGAAAGCUUGGAGAGCAAAGCGGCAGGGCCAAAACAGGAAAACGCGACCACUUUCCAAUGACGCAGGCUCACUAGAGGAUGAAGCAAGUGCCGUUCCUCCAAGCAAGAUCCGCCGGCUUACACUUGAGCGUGCAAACACCGAUCUCGACCAACUGCGACAGACGUUACAGACCUGGGCGCGAAACUCAGUACUCAGCAAUAUCCCCCCUGCACAGGCUGUCCAUGAUACCAUGGAGCGUCUUCGAGAACAGAUCAAGCGCACGGUCAAUGAUUGUCUCGAUGAAUCCGGGGCCAAUCCCAAUCAACCAAUCGUUGAUCUGCAGAUUCCGCGAUCCUCAAGCUGGCAGCAACUGCUGGAGAUGCUCAUAGGCAGUGAUGCACCAAGCUUUGAGCCUGGUCUGUCGCGCCUUGCAAUCAUGCAGUCCCGACGCCCACUGUAUCUCGACACAUUCCUGCGAGCGGCUAUAGGUGCGGCGGUGACGAAGUGGACGUUACAGCCACGUCCACAGGGACAUCAAAAAGCAGGAGAUCGAUAUGUCAUGGAGGUCUUGAGGCAAAUCAGUGAAGUUGGAGCAGACUUCGUCAGACAAGAUGCUAUCCGCCGUGAAUUGGACAAGGAGAUCGUCCCCAAGGUUUCCGAGAAGGCGGGGUUUAUGGCGAAGGAGCUCACCGACUUGCUGGCGGUCUUCAUGGCGCCGCCCCGCGCUGCUGAUGUAGACGACUACACAAGCUUCACUCUCAUUGAGCGACGUAUGUCCACGGGAUCCGAGCCAUCACCAGGCAUAUUGGCUAUGCCUCAGUGGGCUGUCGACUGGAGGCUAGAGCUCCAGCAGAUCUUCGAAAUAGCGCUGCAUCUCAGAGUCAUGAUGGAGAAGGAGGGAGGCGAAUACGAAUUCUCCUUCCCACAUCCGGGUGACGCGGGCACGGACUGCACGGCUGUGGUGGGUAUGCUCCCAACGAUCAAGGCCCGUUUCCAGCCCAUCCGUGGUGGGCCAUUCGGCGCGCUUGAGACGCUAUCUGUGGGACAAGCUUAUACGGUACCUGCGCAGGAUCAGCAGCAGCAGUCCAUGCCGCCACAAGUCAGCUUGGUAGAGUCUGGCGACAUCGAAGUCAGCCGCGAGCAGCACAAUCGACCGGAGAUCAACGACUCUGCAACUGAGGACCAUGGCGAAGAUUUGUCCGACAAUGAUGGUGAAGACGAUAACGAUGACAGCCCGCGCAAGAUCGACGCGGACGAGGAGCAAGACUGGACGGGCGACUGA